UCAACACAUGAAAUAGAAAGGAACGUCUACAGAUCACGGGACUGUGGCUCAGCAUCUAGGAUCCCUGCAGAAAGGGCUGGGGUGUAUCACACAUAGCCAUGGUGUUCGAAGCCCUGGUCAGUGAUCUGUUGAACAGAUUCAUCGGAGACUAUGUGGAAAACCUGGACAAGUCCCAGCUGAAGAUUGGUAUAUGGGGAGGCAAUGUAGUUUUGGAAAAUCUGCGGGUCAAGGAAAAUGCGCUGAGUGAACUGGAUGUUCCUUUCAAAGUGAAAGCGGGCCAGGUUGGUAAGCUGACGCUGAAGAUCCCUUGGAAGAACCUUUACAGCGAGGCCGUGGUCGCGACGUUAGAUGGCCUAUAUCUGCUGGUGGUUCCUGGAGCGACCAUUAAGUAUGAUGCGGCGAAGGAGGAGAAGUACACCCAGGAGGCCAAGCAGAAGGAGCUGCAGCGUAUCGACGAGGCCCUGCAGAUGGCCGCCCGCAGAGGCUGCCACUCAGGGGAGUUCUUGUUCAAUCUGGAGAGCUAUGUGUACAAGGAGGCGCGGCAUGAGAAAGGACGUAAACAUAAAAAGCAUAAAAAACCCUUUAAAAAAUCUAAAAAACAUGAGCACAAACAAGAAAAAUCACAAGAGGAGAAAAAGGACACGUUUGCCGAGAAGCUGGCCACGCAAGUCAUCAAGAACCUGCAGGUCAAGAUCACCAGCAUUCACAUCAGAUACGAAGACGAUGUUUCGGACCCACAGCGGCCACUCUCCAUGGGCGUGACCCUCGCGGAGCUCAGCCUGCAGACAGCAGAUGAGAACUGGAAGACAUGCAUAUUAAAUGAAGCGGCCAAAAUCAUCUAUAAGCUGGGCCGUUUGGAAUGUCUGUGUGCCUAUUGGAACGUCGUCAGUCCAAUGUUCUACCGAGGCUCGUGGGAUGAAAUAGUGAACAAGCUCAAAGCUGGAAUCAGCACGAAAGACUGGGAGCUCAACGAAUAUCAAUAUAUCUUCAAACCCAUCUUUGCCUCAGCGAAAAUGUGCAUCAACCCCAAUGCUGAGAUUGAGCUGAAAUCGCCAAAAGCCAACCUGUACCUGGAGGUGCAGAACAUUGCUUUUGAGAUGACCAAACCACAGUACCUCACUAUGGUGGACCUGCUUGAAUCAAUAGAUUGUAUGGUGAAGAACGGCCCCUACAGGAAAUACCGGCCGGAUGUGCCUGUUCACAGAAACGCCAAACGCUGGUGGAAGUACGGUAUUGACAGCAUCUUGGAGGUUCACAUCAGGAGGUUCAACCAGAUGUGGUCGUGGUCAAACAUCCGGAAGCACAGACAGACUCUGAAGGCCUACAAACUGGUAUACAAGGCCAAGCUCACACAGGGCAAGCUCAGAGAGGACACCGAAAAGCAGAUACAGGAUCUGGAGAAAAUCCUGGAUGUCUUUAACAUCACGUUAGCCCGUCAGCAAGCACACAUGGAGAUGAUCCGAUCAGGCCAGAAGCUGGUGGCGAAGAAGGCAGCGGCGCAGAAACAGGGCGGGGGUGGCGGCUUCUUCAGCAGCUUCUUUGGGAGGAAGGAAGGGAAGAAGAAAGAGCAGGAGGAUUCAAAGGAGCCUGAUAGCAUUGAUGAGAUAAUGACCCCCGGGGAGAAGGCCAAGCUUUACACUGCCAUAGGAUACAGUGGCAGCUCGCAUAACCUGGCCCUGCCCAAGCAGUACGUGGCCGUGAUCGUCACCUUCAAGCUGUUCCGAACCUCCAUCACGGUGCGGGAGGAGCCCAACGUCCCAGAGAUCCUAAAGGUCCAAAUGAUAGACCUGAGCACCAGUAUUUCCCAGAGACCCGGCGCCCAGGCCAUUAAGGUGGAGGCUAAGCUGGAGCACUGGUACGUGACGGGUCUGAAGCAGCAGGGUGCUGUUCCCUCCCUCAUCGCCUCUUUGGGCGACUCCUCCUCCUCCCUGCUCAGCAUCAUGUUUGAGCUCAACCCCGAGGGCAGCAGCGCCGACCAGCUGCUGAGGGUCCAGUCCCAGCCCGUGGAGAUCAUCUACGACGCGCUGACAGUCAACAGCAUGGCGGAGUUCUUCAAGACAGGCAAAGGGGUGGACUUAGAGGUGCUGACAUCUGCCACUCUCAUGAAGUUGGAGGAGAUUAAAGAGAAGACUGCUACUGGUCUGUCUCAUAUCAUUGAGACGCGGAAAAUUCUAGACCUCAGGAUUGACUUGAAACCGUCAUACCUGCUGGUGCCAAAGUCAGGCUUUUACGAUGGGAAGUCAGACCUGAUGAUACUGGACUUCGGUAGCUUGCAGCUGAAUAGCGUGGACCAGGGAAGCCACCAGCCGGCAUCGGCCAGCUUCUCAUCCCUGGAGGAGAUCAUGGACAGAGCUUAUGAGAGGUACUCCCUGGAGCUGCGGAGUGUCCAGGUGCUGUACAGCAGAUCAGGUGACGCCUGGAAAACUGCCCGUCUUCAGGGCUCAUCCACACAGCACAUCCUCCAGCCGCUGGACGUCAAAGUCCAGCUGGCCAAGUGCAUGGUAGACAAAGAUGCCAGGAUGCCCAGGUUCAAAGUGUCUGGGGAGCUUCCUCUGCUGCAUGUGAAGAUAUCGGACCAGAAGAUCCAGGGAGCUUUGGACCUGGUCAACAGCAUCCCACUCCCCCAGACAACGUCCCCCUCCUCGACCCCCACUACCCCAACCGCAAAGGUGCUGCCCAUGCCCUUAGCCGAUGCCAGACCUAGAGUCUUGAGCCUGGACCCUUCUGCGCUCUUGGAUGCAAUGGACACAGACUCUGAUGAAGAUGUCAGUGAGCGGUCGGUGGGAGAUGACCAGCAGAGGACUCCUACAGAGGAGCUGACAGAGCUGCACUUCAAGUUUGAAGUGACAUCGGUUCUGCUGGAGCUCACCAGACAGGCGGAUCAGGAGAGCACGGUUCUGGCGCUGGGGGUGUCCCAGCUCGGAGCAGAGGGCAAGAUGAGGACCUACGACCUUGCCAUAACCUCUUACCUGCGCAAAGUCAGCCUGGAUUACUGCGAGAUUCGAGAUAUCCGAAAUCAGCCACUCCACUUAAUUAGCUCCUCUGAUAAACAUGGGUCUGACCUACUGAAGGUGGAGUACAUCAAAGCCGAUGCCAACGGGCCCAACUUCCAAACGCUGUUCGAUAACACUGAGCAAACUCUAAAGGUGGAGUUCUCUUCCUUGGAUUUUCUCCUGCACACCAAAGCUCUGCUGUCCACCAUCAACUACCUAAACUCCGCCCUACCCAAAGAGCUGACCACGCCCGUGGAGAAAGAGUCAAAGAAGCAGACGGAGAAGGGCGUGGCCGGGAAGACAGUGUCCAAGACCCCCAAAGACAGGAAUGUCUUUCACUUCAAGCUGUUUGCUAUGCUGGGCUCCUUCCAUGUGGAGGUGUGCGAUGACCGGCGCAGCAUUGCAGACAUCAGAAUCCAGGGCAUUGACGCCUCGGUGGCCGUCCAGCCCAAGGAGACAGGGGUGUUCGCGAGGCUGCGGGACAUCGUCGUGAUAGACGUCGACCCCAAGACCAUACAUAAAAAAGCUGUGUCCAUCAUGGGAGAGGAGGUGUUCAGCUUCAAGCUGUCACUGUACCCUAGUGCCACAGAGGGAGAGGGCUACAGCGACACCUCCAAGGUGGACGGGAAGGUGACUCUCAGGCUGGGCUGCAUCCAGAUCGUCUACCUGCACAAGUUCCUCAUGUCUCUGCUGAAAUUUGUGGAUAACUUCCAGACGGCGAAGGAGGCCCUGAGUGCAGCUACAGCACAGGCAGCAGAGAAGGCGGCUUCCAGCGUGCGCGACUUUGCCCAGAAGAGCUUCCGGCUCUCCAUGGACAUCCGGCUGAAGGCCCCUGUCAUCGUCAUCCCACAGUCCUCCAUAUCCCACAAUGUCAUUGUGGUGGACCUGGGUCUGAUCACUGUGGCAAACAGCUUCUCCUUGCUGUCCGCCGAGGGAUUUCCUCUCCCUGUUGUGGUGGAGAGGAUGGAUGUGAAGCUCACUCAGCUCAAGCUGUCCAGGUCCACUCUGAAGGAGAGCUCCUCCCAGCCUGAUGUUGAGAUCCUGCAGCCCAUAAACCUGGAACUGCUUGUCAACCGAAACCUGGCUGCCUCCUGGUUCACCAAGAUCCCAGGAGUGGAAGUCAGGGGAGGCCUGAAGUCUAUGAAUAUGGAUUUGGGCCAGGAGGACUUCGGGGUCCUGAUGAAGAUCAUCGUUGAAAACAUCGGGGAGGGGAGUAAGGAGCAUACUCAGGAUGUGAAGAGAGGGGAUGCCAAAGAGGACACCGCAGCGGAUUACAAAUUUAGAGACAAAGUGGAGGGCAGCGAGGCCCAGAAAUCUAUGGCCACCUCGGUAGUGGAGGCGGGAGGCCAGCCGGGGAUAGCCAAUGGAGGAGUCAGUGAAAACACCAUCAAUGUGCUGCUGAACUUCGAAAUCAAAGAGGUUGUCGUGACAUUGAAGAAGCCCAGGAACCAGAAGGAGUGUCCGUUUCUGGUGCUUCAAGUCUCCCACCUUGGAAUCGACACCCAAGUCCGCAAGUACGACAUGUGUGCCAGCACAUACAUCAGGAAGAUCAGCAUGAAGUGCUUGGAGUUCAAAGAUUCCAGUGGUGAGCCACUAAGUAUAAUCAGCUCAUCGGUGGAAACUGGAGGUGAUCUCCUAAAAGUGCAAUAUUUUAAGGCCGACAGAAACGGACCGAACUUUGCCUCCGUUUACAAGAACACUGAGCAGAUGAUCAAUGUGACCUUCUCAUCUCUCGACCUGAUGCUGCACACUGAGGCCCUGCUCACCACCAUCAACUUCCUGUCGGCUGCCCUCUCCUCUGGCGGCGCGCCCUCCCCAGACAAAGAGCAGCGAAUGAGGGUGGAGGACAGCAGAGCCCCCGCCGUCAGGACAGUGUCCCCAGGGUCUCCCUCGGAUGAAGACGUGAUCGAUCUGAAAAUUGUCAUGCAGCUGGGUGCCUUCAAUGUCCUGGUGUGCGAGGAGAGGUGCAACAUUGCCGACAUAAAGAUCCAGGGCAUUCAGGGAUCGUUACUGAUGAAGGGGACUCAAACCCACAUGUCUGCCCGUCUCCGAGAUUUCAUCGUCAUGAAUGUUGACCCAAAAACCAUCCACAAGAAGGCGAUCUCCAUCGUGGGGGACGAGGUGUUUAACUUCAGCCUGAGUUUGACGCCAAAGGCCACCGAGGGGGCAGGAUACACGGACACCUCCAAGGUCGAUGGCAAGGUCAAGCUGAACGUUGGCUGUAUCCAAGUGCUCUACCUGCACAAGUUCAUCAUGUCACUCCUGAAUUUCACUAACAACUUCCAGACUGCGAAGGAGGCCCUGAGUGCAGCUACAGCACAGGCAGCAGAGAAGGCGGCUUCCAGCGUGCGCGACUUUGCCCAGAAGAGCUUCCGGCUCUCCAUGGACAUCCGGCUGAAGGCCCCCCUCAUCGUCAUCCCACAGUCCUCCAUAUCCCACAAUGCCCUAGAGGUGGACCUGGGUCUGAUCACUGUGGCAAACAGCUUCUCCUUGCUGUCUGUGGAGGACUGCCCUCUCCCAGCUGUCAUUGAUGAGAUGGACGUCCAGCUCACCCAGCUCAAGCUGUCCAGGAUUUAUCUGGAGGAAGACUCUGCCCAGCCCAGCCUUGAGCUCCUGGAGCCAGUCAAUUUCCUCCUGUCAAUCAAGAGGAACCUGGCAUCUGCUUGGUUUCCGAAGAUGGCCGCCGUGGAGAUCGAUGGUGACCUGAAGCCCAUGAAGGUGGCUCUGAGUCAGGAUGACCUCUCCGUUCUGUUGAAAAUCCUGAUGGAGAACAUUGGUGAGGCAGCUGGGCUGCAGACGGAUGCGUGUGUCUGCGCAGACACUGCGCAGAAGCAGGAGAGUGUGCGUGCAGGAGGGGACGUGCCCAGAGGGGGAACAGAGAAACAGAAAGAGUUUAAGGAACAGGACCAAGAUCCGCUGGAGACCAUGAAGUUCAACUUUAACAUUGAGUCUCUGGCUUUAGUGCUAUACAGCAAAGAUCCCAAGCAGACUGCCCCAGUUAGCCAGCACCAGGCUGAGCUGUGUCUCGGGGAGUUCACCCUUCACCUGAUAAAAGCAUCAGGGAAGAUGUUCAACAACGGGGCCAUGGAGGUCACCACCAUUCUCACGGCCUGCACCCUGGACGACAUGAGAGUGGGAGUCCAGAAGGUCACCUCCAGGAUGGUGGGCAAGAGGGAUGAGGACAGCGCAGACGCCAUGAUCGACGUGACGUACCGGCAGAACUACAGCGAGCGGCAGGUGGUCGCCGUGCUGCAGAAGCUCUACCUCUGCGCCAGCGUGGAGUUCCUUAUGGCCGUGGCGGAGUUCUUCAUCCAGGCGAUGCCUCAGAGCCCGCCCACUCCACCUGAUAGGCCCAGCCAGCUGCCGAUCAAGCAGGUCACCGAACCGAAGGUCAGCGUAGAGCCCAAAACACCCUCAGUGCCUAAGAUGAAGAUCCGUGCGGUGGUGGUGGACCCUGAGGUGGUGUUUGUGGCCAAUCUGAUGAAGGCGGAAGCCCCAGCCCUGUCUGCCUCCUUCCAGUGCGACUUCUCCCUGGAGUCAGACGAGGACAGCCAGCUCAUGAGGGCCAACUUGCGUGAGCUGAAGGUGCUGGCCUGCCCCUUCAUCCGCAACAAGCAGGACAAGGCCGUCACCACGGUGCUGCGACCAUGUUCUGUUGUCCUGGAAACCAAAAGGCGUGUGAACGAGCCUUUGGCAGGGUCUGUGACCGUGGAGGAAGUCAUUGUUAAAAUAUCUCCAGUGAUUCUCAACACCGUUAUGACCAUCACGGCGGCCAUGACGGCCAAGCCCAAGGAGGCUGAGCUGGAGGAAGAGGCGGGCGACAUGAGCAGGCUUUGGUCCGUCAUGAACAUUUACGAGUGCAACUACUGGUUCCUUGGCGUGGACUCGGCCACUGAGGUCAUGGAGAACUUCAGUGAGCAGGACGGCAGGAACGCCGGGGAGAACUUUGCUGUGGACGUGAAAGUUGUGCAGGUGACGCUGGAGUCCGGCCUCGGUCACCGCACCGUCCCCCUCCUCCUGGCCGAGUCCUCCCUCACCGGGACCGCCAAGAACUGGUCCUCCCUGCUCAAUGUCAGUGCAGACAUGACUCUGGAGGUGAAUUACUUCAAUGAGACGCAUGCUGCGUGGGAGCCUCUCAUUGAGAGAGUGGAGAAUGGAAAACGCAGGUGGAACUUGAAGUUGGAGAUGAAAAACAGCCCCGUGCAGGACAGAAGCCCGGUUCCAGGGGACGACUUUAUUGUUCUGCCUGACCCCCAGACGGCCAUCAACAUCUGCUCAAAGGACACCAUGAAUAUCACCAUUUCCAAGUGCUGCCUCAAUGUGUUCACAAACUUGGCUAAGGCCUUCUCAGAGGGAACGGCCUCCACGUUUGACUACUCCCUGAAAGAGAAGGCCCCGUUCACCAUCCGGAACGCGCUGGGCAUCCCGCUCAUUGUGCAGCACAGCGCCAAUCUGCGCAUGGCAGGCUCGCCUUCCAGGGGCAAGCUGCACGAGGUCGGUGUGGGGCAGAGCGUGGACCUGGAGUACUCCAUCUUCGAGCCCUCAGCCCGGGGCAAGCUGUCUGCCCUCCAGCGCCAGGAGAGCUGCCUCUUCAACCUCAGCCUCGUGCCGGCUGGGUACAGCGAGAUCUCCAACAUCCCUGUGGACAAACCGGGGCGGAGGCUGUACAAUGUGCGGGGGCCCAUGAAGCAGGAGGCCGUCUCUGUGCUGGUGCAGAUCGACGCCACUGAGGGCAACAAAGUCAUCACCGUGCGCUCCCCCCUGCAGAUUAAGAACCACUUCUCUGUGCCCUUCAACAUCCUGAAAUACUGCCCCACGUCCCGAGCCCUGGUCAGCAUAGGGGUGGCGGAGCCGGAGAAGGAGUCCCACGUGGCGCUGGACUCUUACAGGGGUCAGCUCUUCCUGCAGCCCGCCGGCCAUCUGAAAAGCCAGUACAGGGAGUCGUCCACCUGCAUCGCCUGGAAGGAGCAGGUGCACUGCAGCUCGGAGGUGCGCUCCAUCCUGCAGUGCCCCGCCAGCGAGAGCAGCUUCCUGCCGCUGGUGGUCAGCACGCUGGCCGUGCCCGACGACCUGCGCUUCAUCGCCAGCCAGGGCGAGGACGACUGGGACCCCGCCUACAUCAUCCACCUGCACCCGGCCGUCACCAUCCGCAACCUGCUGCCCUACUCCAUCCGCUACCUGCUGGAGGGGUCAGCAGAGGCCCAUGAGCUGCAGGAGGGGAGCACAGCGGACGUGCUGAACGCCCGCAUCAGCGGCGAGAUCAUGGAGCUGGUGCUGGUGAAGUACCAGGGCCGAAACUGGAACAGCCACGUGAAGAUCCACGCGGGCAUGGCCGAGUUCUUCCCCGUCUGCUUCAGCUGCGACUCGGCCGAGAGGCUGACGGUGGACGUGAGCGUGCACGUGUCCCGGGUGGGCGGCCGGCUGGUGCUGUCCAUCUUCAGCCCCUACUGGAUCAUCAACAAGACCUCCCGCGUGCUGCAGUACCGGGCCGAGGAGAUCUACGUGAAGCACCCCUCCGACUUCCGCGACGUCGUCCUCUUCUCCUUCAAGAAGAAGAACAUCUUCAGCAAGAACAAGCUCCAGCUCUGUGUCUCCACCAGCACCUGGUCGGAUGGAUUCUCGCUGGACACUGUUGGAAGUUAUGGGUGUGUGAAGUGUCCGGCCAAUAACAUGGAGUACCUGGUGGGAAUCAGCAUCCAGAUGAGCAGCUUUAACCUGACCCGCAUUGUCACCAUGAGCCCCUUCUACACGCUGGUCAACAAGUCGUCCUACGAGCUGGAGGUGGGCGAGGUGCAGACGGAGGAGAGCAACAGCAACGGGAGGUGGCAUUACAUCGCAUCUAAAGAGUGUCUUCCCCUGUGGCCUGAGUCAAGCACAGGAAAGUUGUGUGUGCGAGUGGUGGGAUCCGAGUCCUCGUCCAAAUCCUUCUUCUUCAACAAGCAGGACAACGGGACCCUGCUUAGCAUGGACAUGUGUGGAGGCAUCAUCGUGGAUGUGAAUAUUUCCGACCACUCCACCGUCAUCAGCUUCAGUGACUACUACCACGGCUCUGCCCCCGCCCUCAUCGUAAACCACACCCCCUGGGUGAACAUUCACUUCAAACAGAGCGGGUUCUCUGAGGCCCGGGAGCUUAAGCCGGGACAGGUGCAGCGUUUCGCGUGGGACGACCCCGCCGGGACCCGCAAGCUCAGCUGGAUGUGUGGCGACCAUAAAGGAGAGCUGGACCUGGUCAAGGAUGAGUGUGGCCAGUUCCCCUACGACAGCAUGUCGCACAUUCACUGGGUGUCGUUCCUGGACGGACGGCAGCGGGUGCUGCUCUUCACCGAGGACGUGGCGGUGGUCACCAAGGCACGGCAGGCCGAGGAGAUGGAGCAGUUCCAGCAGGAGGUCAGCGUGUCCCUGCAGAACCUGGGGCUGUCCCUCGUCAACAACGACCUGCGGCAGGAGAUCGCCUACGUGGGCAUCACCAGCUCUGGGGUGGUGUGGGAGAUGAGGCCAAAAAAUCGCUGGAAGUCUUUCAACCACAAAAACAUAAACCUCCUGGAGAAGGCCUAUCAGAACCAUCUCUCUUCAAAGGCAGAGCUGGGAUGGGUAAAGCUGGAGACUGGCUUAGAGGUGAACUUCAGCCGUGUCCCCAUGCUGAUGCGGCAGCCGUACGCCUGCAGCAUCCGCAGGAACUUCCUGUCCGGCAUCCAGGUGGAGUUCAAGCAGUCCCCGCAUCAGAGGAGCCUGCGUGCCCAGCUGCACUGGCUGCAGGUGGAUAAUCAGCUGACAGGGGCUGUAUUUCCCAUCGUCUUCCAUCCAGUUCCCCCUCCCAAGUCUAUCGCCUUAGACUCAGAGCCAAAGCCUUUUAUCGAUAUCAGCAUCAUCACAAGGUUUAAUGAACACAGCCAAGUCAUGCAGUUUAAGUACUUCAUGGCUUUGGUCCAGGAGAUGGCGGUGAAGAUCGAUCAGGGCUUCCUCGGAGCGAUCAUCGCGCUGUUCACCCCGGCCACAGACCCCGAGGCAGAUCAGCAGAAGACGAAGCUGAUUGAGAAGGAUCUGGAGGCGCUGCAGGCAGAGCUCAUGGAGACGUCGAUGACGGACACCUCGGGCCUCAGCUUCUUCGAGCACUUCCACAUCUCGCCUAUCAAACUGCACCUCAGCCUGUCCCUGGGCUCCAGCGGGGACGACUCUGAGAACCAGGACAUGGUUGCAAUCCAGUCCGUCAACUUACUCCUGAAGAGCAUUGGAGCGACCCUCACGGAUGUGGACGACCUCAUCUUCAAACUUGCCUUCUUUGAAGUGAAGUAUCAGUUCUACAGAAGAGAGAAACUGAUGUGGGCAGUUAUUCGACACUACUCUGAACAGUUCCUGAAGCAGAUGUACGUGCUGGUGCUGGGCCUGGAUGUGCUGGGAAACCCUUUCGGAUUGAUCCGGGGUCUGUCUGAGGGAGUAGAGGCCUUCUUCUAUGAGCCCUUCCAGGGAGCUGUGCAGGGGCCGGAGGAGUUUGCAGAGGGCUUUGUGAUUGGAGUGCGGAGUCUGCUGGGCCACACAGUAGGUGGCGCUGCAGGCAUGGUGUCUCGGAUUACUGGCUCCGUGGGAAAAGGGUUGGCCGCCAUCACCAUGGACAAAGAGUACCAGCAGAAGCGGCGAGAGGAGAUGAACCGCCCACCCAAAGACUUCGGGGAGAGCCUGGCCAAGGGAGGAAAGGGCUUUCUCAAGGGGGUUGUCGGUGGCGUAACAGGAAUCGUCACCAAGCCUGUGGAAGGGGCCAAGAAGGAGGGUGCAGCCGGCUUCUUCAAGGGCAUCGGAAAGGGCCUGGUGGGUGUGGUGGCCCGGCCUACAGGGGGCAUCGUGGAUAUGGCGAGCAGCACCUUUCAGGGGAUACAGAGGGUGGCCGAAUCGACCGAGGAGGUGACCAAGCUGAGACCGGUCCGCCUGAUCCGUGAGGAUGGCAUCAUUCGGCCGUACAACGCGGUCGCGUCCCAGGGUUACGACCUGUUCCAGAGGUCAGAGAUAAAACAGUUAGAUGGAGAGGUUUUCAGAGAACAUUGCGAAUUCCCUGGCUACAAGAAAACCAACAUAAUUGUGACCAACAGGCGAGUCAUGUGUUUGAAGGAGAUUGAGUUUGUGGGCCACUUCAAUAAAGAGUGGGAGUGUUUAUUUGAACACUUCUCCCGGCCUCCUUGUGUGGAUGGAGGGGACCUGAGAAUAUACUGCAAGGAACAGAACAAACUGAAGAUCCCCAAGAAGGAUGGCCAGGAACCUAUGAGAGUUGUGCACCUUAAACAGCCAACUGUUGCCCAGAAACUGUGCGACGCCAUCACAGACGCCCAGGUGGCGCGUCGGCAGCAUCAGAUGGUGAAGCAGAAGUCUCAGCGCUUCCUAAAACCUGAGAACAAGAGCUGAAGACCCUCCCGCCCCCCGCUUCCAUGGCACCCCCCCGUGGUGGCCGUGCGCUUUGCACUAAACCCCUCCUCCUUCCUGUGCGCCUUCCUGUUUACAGACUAAUAGCACAAUGCUUUAGUGGAAUUCAGCCUCAGGGGGUAUGGAGGGAUGCAAUCAGAUACUGCCAAACGUAUACCAACACUGUACUAAUAAGAAUUGCACAAGGAAAUGUACUGAUGAAUGUAACGGCACGAUUAGGCAGUGGCAGCUUAAAUAUGUUGGUUAAUUUGAAGUUGUUGUGUUUGUAAUGGUUGUGGGAAAAUGGGAAAUGGUGCAGCUACUGAACAUAGGAUAGGUAGGAUGAAUGUAUGCAGUAUAGCAUGGUGUAAGGGUGGGAUUGAUGAUAUACCAAGUCUACAUUGCUGGCUCAGUCUGUUUUCCCACUUUGUUUCAGUGCAGCUUUGAGCAGGAAGCACUUUAGUGUGUGUGGUUUUAUUUCGGAAUACCAGCUUGUGUUCAGUGGUCAUUUUAUCUUGCCUGUCUGCAGUUUGUCCACCGGAGAAAGGAUCUGUUUGGAGGAGAUUUUGCUGCAAACACGCUGAAUGUAUUUGCCAGUACAUGCUCAAUUCAAUUGAGCUGGGUUCAACCCUGUGCUCUUGUCCACUAGAUUAUGCAAAAAUAACAUGUCUGUGAGGUAUGUAGGAAAAAUUGUGGAAACUGUAAUAAUCAAAGAUGGACUAGG